AUGAGCACAGCGCCCAAGGCGGCACAGCCGCUGUGCGGUCGGGAGGCCGGAGCAGGCUUCUCUCUCGCUCCGCGUCCUGCCCUGGCCAGGCCGCAUGCGGGCCUCAGCCGGCCUGCUCCAUUCAGGGGAACCCGCCUGGUGGUAACCUCUGUGUCGGCUCCCGAGAAGGCCAACUCCACCACGCCCGCUGCGGAGACCACCAAGCCGCCGUUCACCGCCUGGGACACGGCUGUGCAGCGCGUCGCCAAGCGUACCGACAUCAAGAGCGUGCUGGUCUUGGGCGCCGGACCCAUCGUAAUUGGGCAGGCCUGCGAGUUCGACUACUCUGGGACCCAGGCGUGCAAGGCUCUCAAGGCCGAGGGAUACAGGGUCAUCCUGCUCAACUCCAACCCUGCCACCAUCAUGACUGACCCCGAGACUGCAGAUGCGACCUACGUCGGCCCCAUGACCCCCGAGCUGGUGGAGCCCAUCCUGGCCAGGGAGCGCCCCGACGCCAUCCUGCCCACCAUGGGUGGCCAGACGGCGCUCAACCUGGCCAAAAACCUGUCUGAGAACGGUGUGCUGGCCAAGUACAAUGUGGAGCUGAUCGGCGCAAAGCUGGAGUCCAUCAACAAGGCCGAGGACCGCGACCUCUUCUCCAAGGCGAUGGAGAAGCUGAACCUGAAGAUGGCCGCCUCGGCCAUCGCCACCAACAUGGACGAGGCCAUGGUGGCGGCCGACAAGAUCGGGGCCUUCCCCCUCAUCAUCCGCCCCGCCUUCACCCUGGGCGGCACCGGCGGCGGCAUCGCCUACAACAUGGACGAGUUCAAGGAGAUUGUGAACGCCGGGCUCACCGCCUCCAUGACCACCCAGGCACGUUGUGCGCUUGUCCAGAUCGAGCAGUCCCUGCUGGGUUGGAAGGAGUUUGAGCUGGAGGUGAUGCGCGACCUGGCAGACAACGUGGUCAUCAUCUGCUCCAUCGAGAAUGUGGACCCCAUGGGCGUGCACACUGGGGACUCCAUCACCGUGGCCCCCUCCCAGACGCUGACGGACAAGGAGUACCAGCGCCUGCGCGACGCCUCGGUGGCCAUCAUCCGCGAGAUGGGGGUGGAGUGCGGCGGGUCCAACGUGCAGAUGGCCAUCAACCCGGCCAACGGCGACAUGGUGAUCAUCGAGAUGAACCCGCGCGUGUCUCGCUCCUCCGCCCUGGCCUCCAAGGCCACGGGGUUCCCCAUCGCCAAAAUGGCAGCGCGGCUGGCCUGCGGCAACACCCUGGACCAGAUUCCCAACGACAUCACACGCAAGACGCCCGCGUCCUUCGAGCCCUCCAUUGACUACGUGGUCACCAAGAUCCCGCGCUUCGCCUUCGAGAAGUUCCCGGGCGCCGCCCCCGUGCUGACCACCCAGAUGAAGUCGGUGGGCGAGGCCAUGGCCAUCGGCCGCACCUUCCAGGAGUCCUUCCAGAAGGCGCUGCGCUCGCUGGAGACGGGGCUGGACGGCUGGAGCCUUCCCCCCAACUGGAAGCGCCAGACCCCGGACAAGCUGCAGUACAACAUGCGCGUGCCCAACCCGGAGCGCAUGGUGGUGAUCAAGCAGGCGCUGGAGGACGGGCUGAGCAUCGAGGAGGUGCACGAGUACACCUCCAUCGACCCCUGGUUCCUGGCCCAGCUCCAGGAGCUGCACGAGGCCGAGACCUGGCUCAAGACGCGCACCCUGGCCCAGCUCUCCCCCACGGAGCUGCUGGAGCUGAAGCGCCGCGGCUUCUCCGACCCCCAGAUCGGACGCUGCACGGGAGCCAGCGACCUGGACGUGCGCGCCGCGCGCGUGGCCGCGGGCGUGGUGCCCUCCAUGAAGCGCGUGGACACCUGCGCGGCCGAGUUCGAGGCCGCCACGCCCUACAUGUACUCCUCCUACGACGGCGAGUGCGAGUGCGAGGCCACCACCCAGCCCAAGGUGCUCAUCCUGGGGGGCGGGCCCAACCGCAUCGGCCAGGGCAUCGAGUUCGACUACUGCUGCUGCCACGCCAGCUACGCACUGCGCGACGCGGGGUACGAGACCAUCAUGAUGAACUCCAACCCGGAGACCGUGUCCACCGACUAUGACACCUCCUCCCGCCUCUACUUCGAGCCCCUCACGGUGGAGGAUGUGCUGAACGUGAUCGAGAAGGAGCGUCCCGAGGGCAUCAUCGUGCAGUUUGGCGGGCAGACCCCGCUGAAGCUGGCCGCCGGAGUGGCGGCCUGGCUGGAGGCGCACCCCAUCCCCGCCGCCAGCGGGCGCGGCAACGUGUCCAUCUGGGGCACCUCCCCCGACGCCAUCGACGAGGCAGAGGACCGCGACCGCUGGAUGGCGCUGCUGGAUCGGCUGUCCAUCCGCCAGCCGCCCGGCGGCGUGGCGACCAACGAGGAGCAGGCGCUGGCCAUCGCGGAGCGGCUGACCUACCCGGUCAUGGUGCGCCCCUCCUUCGUCCUGGGCGGGCGCGCCAUGGAGAUCGUCCACUCCGCCGCGGACAUCCACCGCUACAUCACCACCGCCGUGGAGGUGGACCCCGCGCGGCCGGUGCUGGUGGACAAGUACCUGGACCGCGCCGACGAGCUGGACGUGGACGCGCUGGCCGACCGCGAGGGCAACGUCGUCAUCUGCGGCAUCCUGCAGCACAUCGAGCAGGCGGGGGUGCACUCCGGCGACUCCGCCUGCACCAUCCCGCCCCAGACCAUCCCUCAGGAGUGCCUGGACGUCAUCCGCGACUGGACCCCCAAGCUGGCCAAGGCGCUCAAGGUGGUGGGCUUCCUCAACAUCCAGUACGCGGUGCAGGACGGGAAGGUGUUCAUCAUCGAGGCCAACCCGCGCGCCUCGCGCACAGUGCCCUUCGUGGCCAAGGCCGUGGGGCACCCGCUGGCCAAGUACGCGUCGCUCCUCAUGUCGGGCGCGCUGCUCUCCGACAUCGGCUUCACCGCCGAGCCCGUCCUGGGCCACGUGGCGGUGAAGGAGGCAGUGCUGCCCUUCGACAAGUUCCCGGGGGCCGACACGCUGCUGGGCCCGGAGAUGCGCAGCACGGGCGAGGUCAUGGGCAUUGACGUCAGCUUCGCCAAGGCGUUCGCCAAGGCGGCCAUCGCGGCGGGCCAGCGCCUGCCCGCCUCGGGCAACGUCUUCAUCACCAUGGAGGACAAGUACAAGGACGCCAUCGUGCCCAGCGCGCGCCUGCUGGCCGACAUGGGCUACGGCAUCCUGGCCACCAAGCACACCGCGGAGCACCUGACCGCCGCGGGCGUGCCCGGCGUCACCAGCGUGCUCAAGAUCCAGGAGGGUAGGCCCUCCGCGGCUGACCUCCUGCGCAACGACGACAUCGCCAUGAUGAUCAUCACCUCCACGGGCGACGAGGCCGACGUGCGCGACGGCAGGGACCUGCGCAGGCUGGCGCUGGCGCACAAGGUGCCCAUCAUCACCACCAUCGCCGGCGCCAAGGCGACGGUGGGCGCGCUGCAAGCCCUCAAGGAGGGGGCCCUGGAGCAGGUCCCGCUCCAGGACUACUUCCCCAAGAAGGCCUGA